AUGUAGAUACAAUUCCCAGACUACACCGUCCUAUCGAAAAUUGGAUGCGGAUCCUAACAUCAGGUAUAUUUGGCCAAGGAAAAAUCGAGCUCUAAAUCAUUUGCCAUAAAAAUAGAAAAAAAUCCUCAAUUAGGCCAAUUAGAGAACGAAAUCAAAGUCCUUUAGAAAUUAAAAGGAAUUGAAGGAAUUCCGAAAAUAAAAUAAAUUGGAGUAGCAUAAGAAAAUAAGUGUUAUUUUGUUCUUCCACUAUUACAUAGCAAUUUGUUAGAGUUAGUAAAGGGUAGAAAAGUUUCUUAAAGCGCCAUUAUGAGAAUAGGGUUAAGAGUUAUAGAAAUAUUGGAGCAAGUACACAAAAAAAACAUUCUACAUCUUGACAUAAAACCAGAAAAUAUAAUGAUAUCUUAAGCAUUUGAGAAGGAAUCCGAUAUCGAAAAAGAUGGAUUCAUCCAAUUGAUCGAUUUUGGUUUAUCGCAAUUAUACGAAGAGAACUCAGAAGGUUUGUAAGAUGUGUUUAUCGGAUCGUUAAACUUCGCAAGCAGAUCUUCCCAUGAUGGUUCACCUCUUGGGUAUAAAGACGAUCUAGAAAGUUUAUUAUAUGUAUUAUUUUAUUUAAAAGACUUGACUUUGCCUUGGUCUCAUUAAUAAUAUUACACUUUUUCUGUUUAGGAUUUUGAACUCAUUAAACAAUCAAAGUUAACCUUUUUUAAAACCCUCAUUUUGCAAUGCAAAUCCUUUAAUCAUUUCUCCGUUUUUAUGUCCUACAUAAAUUAAUUACACUAUAAUCAAAUACCAGAUUAUUCAUACAUUAGAGAAGUAUUUAAGCACAUGAUCUAAGCAUCCAAUAAUUCAAUUAUUUAAUUCAAAUUAGAUUAACAGUAGUCGCUUUGCACUCCUACUCAAAGUUAUCUAGAAGAUUCAGAGAUUUAAAAAAUAACAAAUUGUGAUAAUUUUGAAGAAAUACUUUUAGAACACAACAAUAAUGGAAGUGAAAAAACUAUUAUUCUUGUUUCGAAUCUAGUAGGAAAAUACAAUACUAAAUAAAUUAAAUCAAUUAAGGACAUCAAAUAUUGA